UUUGAGAUACAUAUAUUUAUAUCUAAAUUCAUAAUAGGAUGGACUCUUUAGAAUCCAAGACUACGACAACAAAAGAGGCGGCCCCGCAUGUAAUUGGAAUCAUCAAAGAAAUUUCCCAUAGGAAAAUGAGGGCAAGAUGAUGCUGAUGACCCUUUACUUGAAGUCAAUUGCAAUUGCAAUAACAAUAUUAGAACUUCAACUUACCUCUUUACAUUAUUAGUUUUCUAAUUUAUUUGAGCCUCCCUAGCCAGCUACUGUCCUGUCUUCUUUAAUGGGCAUUUCCUUGACUCAAUCCUUACUCCUUUGCUUUCUUCUUCUUCAUUAUGUUCACUUACCAAGUGCUGAAACUUUCCGUUACCCAACGGCGAGCCUCUCUACUUCAUGGACAAAUAGCCCCUCUCUUGACGGUUCUGUACAUUUCUCAGAUGGAUCAAUGGUGAUACCCAUCCUUGUCAGGGCAAGAUUGGGUCCAAGCUUCGCUUGCGGUUUCUUCUGCAAUGGAACCUGUGACUCUUAUCUCUUUGCCAUUUUCAUUGUUCAAACCGGUGGUGCAUAUAUAACCUCUAUGAGUAUUGUUUUUCCUCAGGUAGUUUGGUCUGCCAAUAGAAACAAUCCUGUUAGAAUCAAUUCUACCUUGCAGCUCACAUCAGAUGGAGAUUUUAUCUUAAAAGAUUCUGAUGGAUUUAUAGCUUGGUCCACGAAUACUGCUGGCAAGUCUGUUGCAGGCUUAAACUUGACUGAUAUGGGCAAUCUUGUGCUUUUUGAUCAUAAUAAUGCUACAGUUUGGCAAUCUUUUGAUUACCCAACUGAUUCUUUGGUUCCAGGUCAAAAGUUGGUGGCAGGGCAGAAACUUAUUCCCAGUAUUUCUGAUACAAAUUGGACUGAACUAAAUUUGCUUUCAAUCUCUGUCACUGAUGAACGAGCAGUUGCUUCGUUAGAGUCUAGUCCACCUCAAGUCUAUUAUGAAUUCAAAUUUUAUGGCAGAAAAAAGAAUAGGGAACAAACCUAUGUCAUCCUUCAGAAUGGAAGCUUUGCUUUGUUCGCCAAUUCUUCUAAGCCAAGUCAGCCAGAUGUAUACAGAUCCAUUCCCGAAGCCUUAUCAGUACAGUAUAUUAGAUUUUGUCCUGACGGACAUUUGAGAGUUUACGAAAUGGACACAGAUGGGUGGAAACAAGUUGCAGAUCUGCUUUCAACUCCGAAUGAAUGUUUCUACCCUAUAGUUUGCGGGAACUAUGGAAUUUGCUCCAAUGGGCAGUGCCGUUCUCCUUCAACAACUUAUUUCAAGCAAAUAAAUGAUACGCAGCCUAAUCUUGGGUUUUCUGAAACUACUCCCUUGUCUUGUGAAGAUUCUCUAAAUCACAGUUUUAUAGAGCUAAACGAUACAACAUAUUCCCCCCUUCUCAGUGAUCUUAAAAAUGUGGAUUUGGAUCCAUCAAAAGGAAAAAAAAAGGAAAAUUUGGAUUUGGAGAAGUGCAAGGAGGCUUGUUCAAAGAAUUGCUCCUGCAAAGCGGCUAUUUUUAAAUAUGGUUCUGAUUCUGCCAGAAGUUAUUGCUACUUGCCAAAUCAGAUAUUUUCACUGAUAAACAAUGAUAGGAGAGGAGUUCAUUAUAACACUACUGUGUAUUUAAAGGUGCAAAAUGCCUCAAAUACGGAAGCAAGAGUUCCUCAGCAGAAAAGGAAAAGCAGGUCGACAAUUAUAUGGUCCAGCCUCGGAGCAUUUUCUGGUUUGUUUCUUGUGAUUGGUGUCAUAGUGUUAUUAGUUUGGAAGAAAAGAAAUGCUGAUGUAGAUGAGGAAGAUUACUUGGAUCAAGUACCAGGAAUGCCCACUCGAUUUUCCUACAAAGAUUUAAAAGCUUUGACAGAGAACUUCUCCAAGGUUCUCGGUGAGGGAGGAUUUGGUUCAGUUUUUGAAGGAACUCUAAAUGAUGGCACCACCAAAAUUGCAGUGAAGCGUCUCAAUGGUUUGGGCCAAGUCAAAAAAUCAUUCUUGGCUGAGGUUGAGUCAAUUGGCAGAAUCCACCAUGUGAACUUGCAGAGAAAGAAGAUCAUCCUCGACAUAGCAAAGGGACUUACAUAUCUUCAUGAAGAUUGCACACAAAAGAUACUCCAUUUAGACAUCAAACCCCAAAACAUUCUCUUAGACAACACGUUUAAUGCGAAAAUCUCUGAUUUCGGGUUGUCUAAACUGAUUGAUCGAGACCAGAGUAAAGUUGUGACAACCAUGAGAGGCACCCCAGGCUAUUUGGCCCCAGAAUGGCUGAGCUCAGUAAUCACAGAAAAGGCAGACGUCUAUAGCUUUGGGGUGGUUGUCCUAGAAUUGUUGUGUGGAAGGAGAAAUGUUGAUCGCUCACAGCCAGAAGAACAGAUGCAUUUAAUAAGACAUUUUGAGAAGAAGGCAGAAGAGAAUCAACUGUCUGAUCUAGUUGAUAAUUGCAGUGAAGAUAUGCAGUUGCAUAAAGCAGAAGUAGUGAGCAUGAUGAAGGUUGCUGCUUGGUGUUUGCAAAAGGAUUAUGCAAUGAGGCCUUCCAUGUCAAUGGUGGUUAAAGUCUUGGAAGGUGUUGCAGAAGUUGAACCUAAUCUAAACUACAACAUUUCCAAUCCAUCAUUCACAACAACAUCAACGCAAGUUACUCAAUUGUUGCCCUUUGUUCUAUCUGGGCCAAGGUGACAGUUCAUUGUUGCUUUUUUCAGUUGUUUUCUAUGCUGUGUGAACUUGCAGGAAAGAGAUUUUAUUUUCUGUUAGUGAACUGGAUAUGUGAAAGUAGGAGGAAUUUUACAGUGCAUAAGGUGCAUAUGUCCACCCACCAUCUAUAGUUUUGUGAAGGAUAGAGCACUUAAUUUAUGUGCUUCGAGAGUCACUCAGGUGAUAUGUUUCUGUUUUGUUUCUAAAUUCUCCCAUUCCUCCCCUUUUCGAAUGAAAGAAUAAGUGAAGUUUGUUAGAA